UUAUUUAAAAAGAAAAAGGGCAGUGCGUUGCAUCCCACGUUACCGCAAGGUUUGGUGAAAGGCCGUACUCAAAUGGUGUAAUGUAAGCAGUCUAACCUGACAAUUACAUCAGUGGCUGCUGCUGUUUCCAAAAACUUCUAUCAAUUUUCAUACUCCAGUGUUAAGAAACUUGACAAAUGCAGCCAUGCAAUCAUGGUGAAGCUUCAAAUAUCAAACAACUUCAGCAGCUUCAUUGUCUUGUUUUAAUUCUGAGCUCUUCUUCUUCCAACAUCAUUGCUUCUCUAAGGCAUUUGGCUGUCAUCUCUACUAAAUGAACACAACAAUAAACUAAUAAUGCAUUUGGAUUUGUGUAUGUAAAUUAAAAAUUGCGCAUUUGGAUUAAAAAAUUAUGUAUAUUUUUUGGAACAAAAAUAUGUAUUUAUUUAUGCAUGAUAUAACAGCUUGGCAAAUAUUUGAUGACGAUGGCAAUGGCAAUGGUAGUUCAACCAAGUCUAACAAAUUAAAAGGAGGCAAAGUUGAGUGAUUAGGGAUGAAUAGCCUUUGAUUGUUUCUUGAUGUUGAUAUGAAGAAGACAUACAUGAACACCAGAAUUUGCUAUGGAAAGUUGGAAAGAUAGUAUUAAGUGGUCAAAGGCACACCACUGAAGCAUCACUAGGUGAGUUCUUCUUUGCAACUUUCCAUUAAUUACUUCUUCUUUCUCCGCUUCUGGUCUGGAGGAUCGUCUGAGUGAUGUUUUAUGUGCUGGGGCAACUUUGCUUUAAUACUAGAUUUAAAAUGUGUGAUGCACAAAAAAAUAGUAGAAUACAAAUGAGAGUACUAAAAAUUAAAAUUAUUUAAUUUUAAAGGUAUAUUAGUAAAUGCUGCUGCAUUAUUAGUUUUAUUAAUUAGUGGAAAAGACAGAGACAUCAUUUUGUGAUGAAGUGCAUAUAAAUCAAGGUAAUCAUAAACUUGCAUUACACCUUAGGAUGGAUGGUACAUUGGAUAUGUUUGAAAUUGAAUUACAAACAAGAUAUCUUUCCUCUAACUAACUGGCAUGCAUGCAUACACGCUAAACUCAUGAGAAUGGGAUCAAUAUUAUGUCACAGAUUAUGGUGGAGGCAGCCUGUCUUACUCUUGAACCGGCAGCAAAGAAUUCAGUGAUGUCUUUAUUAGUGAAGAGAAUGAAAAUGGUAGUUAGCACUAGGUUAGUUGCUGUUAUGCUAUUAUAGUGUCUCUCAUUCUUUGUAUUGUAGCAGAGAAGUCAGUAAGGAGUUGACUAAUGUCAAAGCUUCUAUUUCAAGCGUUUGAGCACUCUUCUGAUCUACAAAAUAAUGAGAAGCAGAGGAUCGCACUUGGAGAGAAUAUAAUGAGGCUCUUGCUGAAGUUGGAAACUAUUCAGGGCUUGCAUCCAAGUUUCAGGGAAACGAGAAAAUCUCUGGCAAGAAAGCUUACAUGCUUUCAACAAAGGCUUGAUUCUGUAAUGGCCAAGAGAUCUCAGCAGCAGACGAAUGAGUUCAUAGACAAGAAGCCUGUUGAAGACAUUUCGGCAAAUUUACAAAAUGAAGAACAUGUGAAGGAUCAACCAGAAGAGAAAGUUGCAGUAUCAUGUGAGGAUUCUUCUGUGGGCAUUAAUGAUGAUAUGAUGGGAAAAGAUAGAAUUGAAUUUCAGUCACCACUUGAUCUGGCAUUGAACGUGGCAGAAGAACCUACUGUGGCACCAAAUGAACACCACUUGAUGAGGAUAUUGCAGCAUCUGAAUUCAACAAGGAUGGUGGAACAAAAGCGUGAACCAGAUCAUGAAGAGGAGGAAGUGGAACCUAUUAUGGAGCUUCCAAUUGGAUUGCUUGAUGAAGAAGAAACAAUAGAGUCCAAAUCUGUGAAGCGGGAUGAAGAUAUGGAACGUAUGAUGGAGCGUCUAAUGGGGUUGCUUGAUGAAGAAGGAACAAUAGUGUUCGAAGCAAUGUGGUGUUGCUACAAAAGACACUCAACCGGGGCCCAAACUGCAGAUGGAAGAGGUUCAAUCUUCUGA